ACUUUUGAGUUACAGAUUCUUUCCCUUAUCCCCACCCCCAGGAUUCAUUAAGAAACCACCUAUCGGGCUGAGGGUGCUCGGGCUGCGAUGGCGGCCGUGGAGGCCGCAGCGGCGCCAGGGGCGGAGUCGGGCCCGGGGGUGGGGUCGGUGCCGAGUUUGGAGAUCCAGCGGCGGCUGGUGGAGGAUGAGGAGAGCGGCCGGGAGCGGCCCCUGCGACCAGGGGAGAGCUGGUUCUUGGUGGAACAACACUGGUACCAGCAGUGGGAGGCCUAUGUCCGAGCUGGAGACCAGGACUCUAGCGCCUUCCCCGGGCCUGUCAACAAUGCGGAGCUCUUCGAAGACCAAGAAACCUGGCGUCUGAAGGAACGGUUGGUGGAAGGCGAGGACUAUGUGCUGCUGCCAGCCAUGGCCUGGCAUCUUCUAGUUAACUGGUAUGGACUGGAGCCCGGGCAGCCACCCGUCGAGCGGAAGGUGGUAGAGCUGCCCAGCACCCACAAGGUAGAAGUCUAUCUGGUGGAGUUGCUCCUGUGUCAGCACAAUGACAUGGAAAUAUCCCGGCCUGCUCAGUUCAGCCGUGCAGAUCCUGUUGAGUUGGUCCUUCAUACAGCCAGGGAGCAGUUUUUAGUGGGGCCAGAUGAGGAGACACGCUUGUGGGUGAAGAAUGCAGAUGGCUCCUGCGAGAGGCUGAGGAAUAUAAAUAUGUCUGUGUUAGAUGCCUGCCUUGGGCCUGGUCAGAUUGUCAUCAUGGAGACCCGGAACAAAGAUGGCACAUGGCCUAGCUCCUGGCCUCACAUCAUGAAAAACGUGUCAGAAGAGGACGAGGGCUUCCGGGGCCAGCCAGGCGUCUGUGGUCUCACCAACCUGGGCAACACGUGCUUCAUGAACUCCGCCCUGCAGUGUCUGAGCAAUGUCCCCCCGCUGACAGAAUACUUCCUUCACAACCACUACUUAAAGGAGCUGAAUUUCUGCAAUCCCCUCGGCAUGAAAGGUGAGAUCGCCGAGGCCUACGCCGACCUGGUCAAACAAGCCUGGUCUGGCCACCACCGUUCUGUGGUCCCCAGGAUGUUCAAGACGAAGGUCGGCCACUUUGCCUCUCAAUUCCUUGGCUACCAGCAGCACGACUCCCAGGAGCUGCUCUCCUUCCUGCUCGAUGGACUGCACGAGGACCUGAACCGGGUCAAGAAGAAGGAGUAUGUGGAGCUUCGGGAUGCUGCUGGACGGCCUGACCAGGAGGUGGCAGAUGAAGCCUGGCGAAAUCAUAAGCGUCGGAAUGAUUCUGUAAUUGUGGACACAUUCCAUGGGCUCUUCAAAUCAACAUUGGUCUGCCCUGAGUGUGGAAAGGUGUCUGUAACCUUUGAUCCCUUCUGCUAUCUGAGUGUUCCUCUGCCUGUGAGCAAAGAACGUGGCAUGGAGGUCUUCUUCGUUUCCAUGGAUCCACGCCGAAAACCUGAGCAGCAUCGUCUGGUUGUGCCCAAGGCAGGGAAAGUGUUGGACCUCUGCUUCGCCUUGGCUAAGCACACGGGUGUCUCUCCGGACCGGAUGAUGGUAGCUGAUGUGUUCAGUCACCGCUUCUACAAGAUCUACCAGCUGGAGGAGUCUCUGAGCUGCAUCCUUGAUCGGGAUGACAUCUUUGUGUAUGAGGUGUCCGGCGGGGCUGGCGGUGGAGAGGGCACGGGAGAGGACGUGGUGCUGCCUGUCUACCUUCGGGAGCGGACCCCAGCCCGGGACUACAGUGACUCCUAUUACGGCCUCAUGCUUUUCGGACACCCUCUACUGGUAUCUGUGCCACGCGACCGGCUCUCCUGGGACGCCCUCUACCAUAUUCUACUACACCGCCUUUCACGCUACGUCACCCGACCCGAAUCGGAUGACGAGGAGGAGGAGGAAGAGGAGGAGGAGGAGGAUGACGAUGAAGACGACGAGGAGGAGGAGGAAGAGGAAGAGGAGGAUGACGAGGACGAAGAGGACGAAGAGGAGGAGGAAGACAACAGCGAAGAUGACGAGGAGGAGGAAGAGGAGGAUGACGAUGAGGAUCUGUAUAAACGCCCCAGCAGGCUGAGUGAAGGAGAGCAAGAUGAAGAAGAGGAGAGAGGGGAGAGUACCUUGGAUGCCCGGCCCUCUAUGGAGGGCUCGGGUGCAGCCAUCAGGAUUCAGGUAGGGGAGGUAGAGGAGGAGGGUCCUCCUCCCAGUCCCCCUCCCAGUCCCCCUCCCGGCCCCGCAAAGAAGCCAAGAAGGAGGCGGCGCCGACGGCGGCGGCGGAGGCCCCGGCGGAAAGUGCUCUUCAGUCUCCACACGGUGAAUUCCAACGGAACCAGUGACCGCAGAGGCUUUGCCGAGGAUGCCAACGGAGUCUCCUUUAACUCCCAGCCGUACAUCGCCAUCGACUGGGAGCCCGACAUGAAGAAGCGCUACUACAAUGAGGUGGAGGCCGAGGGCUACGUGAAACAUGACUGCAUGGGCUAUGUGCUGAGGAAGGCCCCUGUGCGCCUUCAGGAGUGCAUCGAGCUAUUCACCACCGUGGAGACUUUGGAAGAAGAGAAUCCCUGGUAUUGCCCGACCUGUAAGCGCCAUCAGCUGGCCACCAAGAAGCUGGAUUUGUGGUCCCUCCCGGAGGCCCUCAUCAUCCACCUGAAGCGUUUCUCCUACACCAAGUUCUCCCGUGAGAAGCUGGACACACUGGUCGAGUUUCCCAUCCGGGAUCUCGAUUUCUCUGAGUUCAUCAUCAAGCCAAGGACUGAGGCCGACCCGAUACCCUGCAAAUAUGACCUCAUCGCUGUCUCGAACCACUACGGGGGCCUGCGAGACGGGCAUUACACCACGUUUGCCCGGAACAAGGACAGCGGCCAGUGGCAUUACUUCGAUGACAGCAGCGUCUCGCCUGUGUCUGAGAGCCAGAUUGAGUCCAAAGCGGCCUAUGUUCUAUUUUAUCACCGGCAGGACAAGGUUCGGCGGUCCCCAACCCGACCUGGUGUGGCCAGCACGGUCUCCACACCCCCUGGUGAUGGCCCAGGCCUCUGUCCCCGGGCCGAGCCCAUGGAAAUGGACUGAAGGGGAGGCUGGGUGGGAGAGGGGGGCCCCACCCUAUCCUCUUCCUUAUCCCCACAGAUCACCAGCAUCCACUGCCCUGGACCAUCUCAGGAACUGAUCCCCAGGGCUUCCCUCUAGCCCUCUCCCUCCACCCCACCGGGGACUUUCAGUCAUGGCUGCUGCCCCCUCCCGUCCCUGGGCUCAUCCCUCCACUGGCAGCCGCUCAAGUGCCUGUCCUGCUCCCAGUCAGAGCAAUAAGUCCUGGCCUCCCUCCCCUCUCUUCCCCUUCCCCCUCCUCGAGGUGUUUCUCAUUUAUUUUGUAAUUUAUAGUCAGCUGCUCACUGGGGGCAGCCAGGGCGGGGUCUUCGGGUGGGGGAGAAGGCCGCCACGAGGAAUAGAGAAUGUAUUUUAUUACUGAUGCCCUUCCCCCCUCCCGUCUGGUACCCGUUGUACAUAAAAGCCCGUGUUUCACCUGGGGGGCGAAAAAGAAACCACAUAUCUUUAUGCAAACAAUUCCUGAAAAAAGUCAUGUUGUGAAAGAAAACAUAGAUCUUCCACCCUAAAAAAAUUCUCAAGAAAAAUAAAG